AUGGUUCGUCAAAAAAAGAACCCGCCGAAAGACAAAAAGUCCCCGGCCGUUUCGGUGAAAUCACCUGCGUUAGAAGAUUCUGAAGAUGUCACGAAAAUUUCGUCUAAUUUGGAAUCCCACGAAAAAUCUUUCACCGAUUUGAAGCGAAUGCGAUUUCCAUUAAUCAGAGAUGGAGAAAAUUCGCAAAAUUUUCCAGAAGUUAUGUCCCCUCCAAGCAAAGUUAUGAUCGUUUCUCCAAUGAUUGAAAGAAAACCCGUUCCAUAUCUAGCGACUCCUCAUCGCUCUAUUGAAAUUAAACCUCAAUUUCUAUUGCCCAGAAAUGAUGAUUUUGAUGCCCAGCUCUCCGGAGAAACAGAAGAGUUCCUCGGUAACUCUCGUGACUUCUCCCACCAGUCAACCAAUAGUUCCAAUAAACUGGUAACUUGGAAAUGUAACAUAGUUUCUGUAAAUACAAUUACAGCUUCCAAAGCAGACGAAAUGUCAGGUAUUCCUAUGAGUGUCCUGACGUCGUCCUCAAAUGGUCAGUGGGAUCCAGUUGGCUUUGGUAUGAACAACUUCUAUGACUUUGUAAAUGGUGUCCCAUUACCACGUGAUAACAUCCUGAAACUCGUCAAAAACCCGAAGCCUUUUGAUUACUACACAUUUUUGGAUAUUGCUUCGAAUUUCCAUGGGAAAGACGAGAAUCUGGAACGCCUGGCUGUUGGAAUGGCUGUUAUCACAGCUAACGCUAAUAAGAGAGAACCAAAGAAGUCAGAGACAAUUGUAAAAGGUUUUGGAUUCAAUAUGGUUUUGGCUGCUAAAUUCAACGGGACGAUUGUUUUGCCAAGCAAAAAGACUUUCGAAAUGGCUCAGGUUGCAUUGCAUGAUCCCUUCUUUGGAGCAUUUGCAGCAGCGGGGACGUCAACUCAAGGAUAUCACCCGAUGGGAAAAGAUUUCUAUAGGAAAAUAAUCAGGAGCCGAUCGAUUUCUCCGCUCCUGAUCCACCUCAUGCCGGUUUCAUCUGUCUCAAAUAAGAGGUUAUUAAAUUAA